AGAUAGAACGUCCGUACAAUUUUCUGGGGUAGUAAAAUGGUUUUCUGGAUUAAGCGGCAUGCAUAAAAGCGGAGAGGUUGAAAAGUGGUUGCGUUCCAAGAGAAUGACUGGGAUGGAAGUAGGCGGUUACGCGCCUUUUCUCGCCGACAGUUGAUGUCUGAGGCUGGGCUAUGUCAUGAAUUUCAUGCUGCGUAGAUCUCUGGUGGUUCUUCCAGCUCCUUCACCCCUUUCUGCCACAGCGAUGUUGUCGAAUACUCCACCACUUCUGAAUCCAAGGCCUAGUACUGUUAUGCGCAUAGUGAGCUGGUGCAUACGUACGUUUAGGCCAUUUUCAUUGUCCGACGAGUUUGGCAGUGCAGCGCCGGUGGCUGGGGCGGCGUGUUCAUAGAGCCGAGCUUAUAGCUUCAGGAACAGGGAGAGCCAAAGAGCGAAGAUGGCUUCUGUAAAAAGCCUUUUUCGCCCGCCUGUUGAGGACAGACUGGAUCGGAGUCUCGAUGCGGCUUAUAACGUAGUAAUAAGUGAUGUCAAGACGUCAUGUCUCCCCUCGUCAGCCUCAUAUAUCGUCUGGGUCCUCAAAAGUAGCUUCCAUCAUCUCCUAGCUCCGAUGGGGCGAGCAGGCCUUUCAGUGUCUAGACAUAUCUGAACUGCGAACCAACGACACUCGGAG